ACUAUAGGCAUUUAUGUGUAUUUUAUGAGGCAUCUCACAAUCCAAAUUGCAACUGCUUUUUUCAGUGAAUGCUAAGGAGGAGGAUCUGCAAGGCUUUCCCUGCAAACCAAGAGACCAACCUUCAUAACAAUUAUGCAAUCAGAAAAGCAAAACAGCUCCAGUGACAACAGUGCAAGUGUUUCCACUGAAAGCCCUACUCUCCUGACUAUAGCUGUAAUCAGUUCUUCAGGGACAGAUUUGUUCCAUAAGCCACAUGAGAUGCAGCACUCUAGUACAGUAAAUGCAACCACAACCACCCAUAAAGAUGCAAUUACCUCAAAUGUGCCGAGCUUUGUCUUAGCUUAUGGUACAGGUUCACGUUCAACAGGUGAGGAUGGCAUAGCAGCGAAGCCGUUUCAGUCUGACGGAGACCAUCAUCUCCAAUGAUGAGGAGAGGCUGAAUUUGAGUCAGUGAUAAAUGACACCAUGACGCCUGCCUCUCAUCUGUCCAGAGGCAGGGAAAAGAUCUCUGCUUUUUUUCAUGCUUUGCUGGAAAGCAAGAAUCAAAGAGUCUUGGAGUCUAUUACUCGUUCACCCGCAAAUGGCAUUCCCAUGGUAUCGGCCACUGAUCCAGCAGUAAUUGAUAACCUUGGAGAGUCAAAUGAGAGCGUGGAAAAACAGGGCAAAAACAAGACUGAAAUUACUCUGGAGUCAUUUGGAGCUGAUGACCCUCUGAAUCGUACUGAAGAGGUUUCUUUGAAGAAGAACCAUUCAACUAUUAUGCAUUUUACAGUUUUGCAGGGUACAGGGCUUUUAACCACUGAGCUUGGUCAAAAUCAGAGAAAUGGAUCUGAGCAUGAGCCAAAAGACCAGAAGAAUCUGCUUUCAUCAAGUUCACUGAUCCUUAAUACUCCAUUACAAGUGAAAUCAACCAGCCAAGUAAUAGUUAAUAAAAUGGCAGAAAGCAGCAAAAAUCCAAGCACCAAUGGACCAAAACCCUUCGGGGUGUCACUAAAGCUCCCAGACUCUAUGUUUUUAUUCUCCUCUUUAAAGCUGUCCCCUGCAAAGAUUCCAGACGCAACCACGCUGAAUUAUUUUUCAAACAUGGUAACAGCUGCUGGCAAAAUGCAUGUGACAAAACAAUUUGUGGCCUCAUGGUUGAUAUCUGACUAUCAUGUUUCCGUGCAAAGAAUUGUCUCAGCGAGGGACGGACUAAAAAGCAAAUCGAUUUUUCACACCAAAUCAAGUAAAGAGCGUCAAAUUAAACCAACACUCCACACCUCACCAACAAGAUUCCUUCAUCGUCUAAAUAAAAGUGAUUUUUCUUUGGCUGCUCAAAACUUUGCAUCUUUUCUAAAAACUUCCCAUCUUUGUACCAAAGAAGUCAGAACAUCUAAUUUCACUGUGAUGGAGACAGAAUGGAUAAUUUUCUAGUUUGGCUAAGUGAAUUUAUGGCCUUUAGUACUGCCUCAUUAACCAACACUGAGAAAUCAACUACAACAAGUAAUAAACCAAUAUUCAUGAAACAGAUUCAAAGUUCACUUGCGGCUCCCUGAACCAUUUUACCUCAAGAAGAUACUUCAAAACACCUCGAUCAGUUUGAUGAAUUAUCUACAGCGGCGCCUCUUCAACCUCUGACAAAGUUUAAGAAUGUGUUUCAUGUCUUCAAAGUGAACGUUCAUCAGCCUCGGCAGCCUCUAAAUCAUUUUCCCUCAGAGAGAUUAAAGCCUUUUGUAUCACUUCAAGCUCCUGAAUCGAUUCCACAUUCGUUUACAUAUGCAACUGUGAAGAGAUUCACAAAUAUGGAAGACUUUUCUAAAUUUGACUCCACAAACCAAAACCUAGAGCACAGUGCAUCACAAAAAGCGCCAUCCGACAUAUCCAAGAGGCCAAACAUGAACUCAAGCAGAUUAACAAGACAUAAAAUAGUAAAUACAACCACAGUCAACAAAAGCAUGUCACAAUUUAGCAUUGCCCCAACACAUCAGACGCCUAACAGCUACAUAUCCACAAUAAAGACCUUCAUUACAACAACUAUGUUUUUAAAACCCCAGGUGUCUUUUGCCAAUAUCUCCCUGUUCUCUCGUACAGUUCCACAAAAUAAGUCCUUGCUGCUGCCAACAACUUCCGGUAAGUCACAAAAAACAGUGACAACAGAUGCCCGAUUUCUUACAAAACUUUUGUCUAUCUCUAAGAAAAGUAUUAGUGAGAACGCCGUUUUAAAUCACUCGAUGACAACUGGAAAGAUUGGUUUGCCAUUAGACGACAAACAACAAUUUCUUAAAAACUCAAGAGGGACUGUGAAGCUUUUUUUCGGCAGCUACACAGUUAGCAGUAUCCCAUCAGUCCAGCGGCUCGUUGAAGCUCACCCUGGAGAGGAAUUCCUCACAGAAACACCACAAUCACAAUCUGGACUUCAGAUUGAGUCAUACUUAAAGAAGAAAGAUGGCACGGUUAAACCAACAACUCUGAAACACCAUGAUCAGAGCAGUCAUUCAGUUGUAGGCAUGAAUCAUACCUUUUUCACUACAAUUUCACACAAGAUUGUUUCAAGCCCAAUUCACAGUGCUGUUUCCCCUGUUGCUCUCUUAAAAACAGAGUUUAAAAAACAUUUGACCUUCUCUGCUUCACCGUCAGUAUCUAUUGCGCGAACAAUGACGCAGACAAUUGGACUUGAUAACCACAAAGAUUCACUUCAUAUGUUUGUAAAUUUAAAAAAUGUUAAAUUGCAUCUUCGGAACAUGACAUCCAGCCCAAUUUCUGGCAUCAGUAGGCACACAACAGCUGCAGCACGACCAGAAGGGGCUUAAAACAUGUCACCCCUUGAAUCAUUCACUGGAAUAACUUCACCAACUUUCAUUUUGCAUCUUAUUCAAAUGCAGAAUGUGUUGCAUAAAGAGCAUGUGAACUUAACUGAAAACCAGACUGAAUUUUUCUCAACAGUAAAUGAGCAUUCACAAACGACACAAUCAAACUUUCCUUCUGACGAAAUGUCCAGUUCAGGCGCAACAGAAGUUGUACAAAAACACCUUGGGCGGACUGCGCAGUCUGCUGUUACUGGGAAAAAGUUCUCUCCUAUUGUCCACACGGAUUUGAGUUUCUCAAGUACAGAGACACAAUCGCUCCCCAGAGGUUCAUUACAGUCCAGGGAAGGGAGUGAAGAUAUUUCACAUGACACCACUCCAUUUGCUGAAAGUGACUCAGGGGUAUCUGCUGGGUUUGUGUCAGACCUGCCAGUGAUAAACAGGAAGAGGAGGAUUAUAUCACCCGAUUCUCUCAGCGGACUGGCGCAAAUCUCAGAUGAUAUCUGCGGCACUGGCAACUACACAGCAGAGAUGAGUCUGAACUUGGAGAGAGAUAUCAUGCCUGGAGAUCUCAUCCCUGCCCUCGGAAACCUAUGUGUCGUCAUCAUCCUCAAAACAAAUAACAGCCAGGUGAACCUAGAGAUAAAAUCCUUCUGCCUCUCGCCCACCGUCAGACUUGAUGAAUUUAACACCACCUGCUGCAUUUUUUCCAGGUAAUGUGCACUUCUCAGGUUAUUUUAGAUUAACUGAAAUCACAUGGUGCCCUUGAACCAGGACACAUUUCACAUUAUGUUGCCAGAUCAACUACAUGUUCCGAGCAUGGCUGGAUUAUACGGAUCCCAUCUUCCUCGUUUUUAGGUGAAAGUUUAAUACAUCAGCAUUCGUUCCUGUUUAUAUGACUACAUUGGUCACCUUAUCACGGCUAAAAAAAAUUCCCUCAAACUGUUUAACUUGAGAAAGCUAUAAAUAUCCUGGGCAAAGCAUGUCCCUAUAUCGAGCUGAAAGUUUUGUUGCUAGAGCAGUACUGUAAACUGCUGAUGUCUGUGUCCCUGCUGGUGUGUGAAGUGUUCACUUUCUCAGCUCUGUUGCCAAUAGCACAUUGCCACUAAUAUCCAGAGACAGCACAAUGUGUACUGCUUUCAGUAAAUUUAUGUACUAAACUUUCUGAUCA